AUGGCCUGGCAAUCCCAAUCGGCCAUGGCUGGUAUGGGAGGAAUGCCUGUGGCCAUGGGGGACGGGCCCUCAAACGGCGGACACCCCCAAGGAACCGAAUAUACGCUUCAAGGUGUGAUGCGUUUCCUUCAAACAGAAUGGCACCGGCACGAGCGCGAUCGAAAUGCUUGGGAGAUUGAACGCGCCGAGAUGAAAUCCCGUAUUGGUCGACUUGAGGGAGAACUACGAACUAGCAGACGCCUCCACGAGUCGCUUGGUAAACACGUGCGGCUGAUGGAGACAGCGUUGAAGAAAGAGCGAGAGAAGUCCAAAGCUGCCAGCAAAGAUGAGAAACCUGAAGGUCCCAGCCCGAAGGAUGUGGCGCGUGAGAGCUUGAACUUCAUCAAAGCGCAACGAUCAAGCACAGACCCAAAUGCGAACCCUGAAGACCUUGAACCCAGUGAAUUCCGGCAGGAAGACGAACGGGAAAAAUCGCGAGUGUACUUAUCCAAAUGCGCACAGGAGAUAGCCUACCAUGUCAUUCCUACAUCCCAUCCAGCUCCCGAUCUAAACGACCCGGAUCUCUCCAACCAUCUAUACAUGAACCAACAACAGCUGUCGCAGCAGAAUAUGGAUGAAGCAGCAUACCUUCCACAGAGACAGAAAGCAAACCAAUUGAUGACACGAGACGUGGCUCUUCCCAACCACCAAUCCAUGAACUCCCAAUACACCGAGAAUACUUCCCUCGCCCGCUCUCAAAAUAACCAAUACAGCCAUGUCCCUGCCCCUCGCGAUGCCGCCGAGCGGCGGCAGCCCGAGCCGCAGCAGACACCUGUCACUGCAAUUGAUAGUCGCAAGCAAAUAUAUGAGAACGACGUUGGCGAUGAGCGAGGGUUAGGAGAUACACAAUCAGGAUAUGAGAGCUCAGGUCCUCAGGCUCCUCCUCAAGAUGAGGCAGAAUCGCAGAGGCCCAAAAACGAGCCGGCAGAGGACAUGGAUGGCUGGAAUUUCGAUGAACCCGCCGAGCAAGAGACCCCUAGCGAGCCGAUGCCAUCGCAUCGCCCCGACACCGAUGCCUUUCCCAAUGCGAACUUCGCUGGAACAAAACCAUCCGCACGUGGUGGAUCCCUUUCUCAUCGUCGGAAGAGCUCAGGAUCUCGGCGCAAAAGUGAAGGUGGGACAGAAUCUCGUGAGGCUGCCACCAGGCAUACCCAACAGGAUACCAAUUUCAAGGUCCGAUUUGCCCUGCGUGGACAUUUAGAUGUCAUCCGAUCUGUGAUCUUUACUGGUGGUGGUAGUCCCUCCGAGCCGGAAAUCUGCACUUGCAGUGACGAUGGCACAAUUAAAAGAUGGAUCAUCCCGGCAACUUACGGUACAUUUGGAGCACAUGGACCCAGCUCAAGCAAUGAUUUAGAUAUCACGACCUAUUUUACCCACCGGGGUCAUGUGGGUGCUGUGACUUCUUUAGCCGCCUGUUCACCAUCGCAAAAUAUCUCCAAUGGGGGUCGUGUAUUAGGCGAUGGCUGGGUGUUCUCGGGCGGGCAGGAUGCCACUGUGAAGGUAUGGGAGCGAGGGAGAGUUGACCCCAAGGCAACUUUGGAUGGUCAUACGGAUGCAGUAUGGGGGCUCUGUGUGCUUCCGGGGACGGCUGGCUCUGUUUUCGGCGACUCUUCUAGUUCCUUUGGUGGCGCGGAUCGUAUCCUGUUGGCCUCCGGCGCUGCAGAUGGCCGCAUUUUGAUCUGGGCGAUUAGCCCCCCGCCACUGGUCUCGGCUCCCCAAGCUGGAUCGCGACGCCAAGGUGGCAGUCGCCGCGCAAACUCGAUCUCGUCGGGCUCAAAUUUCCCGUCAUCGCCGCAGCCUAGCGUUGCCACGAGUACACCUUUCCAUUACACCCUCGUUCAUCACAUUGUGCGCACAGAUUCUCCUUCUCCGACAUGCAUCAGUCCCCUGUCUUUGGCUGGUGUUAACUUUGUGGUCUCCUACUCGGAUGCCUCGAUUCUUGUCUAUGACACACGGACUGGCGAAGAGAUCGUUGGAAUGGCCAGCCUCGAAACUUAUGAUGGGACUCCAUCGACAGGUGUGAACUCAGUAGUUGCCACUACGAUGGGAUUUGACGGGUCCGCUCAUUUGGACCCCAGCCGUACGAUGGAAGACGAGGAAGUUGUCCACGGCGCCACUGGAUCCAGUAGCGUAGAAGGUGUUAUCAUCAGUGGCUACGAAGAUCGAUACAUCCGUUUCUUUGAUGCCAAUAGCGGCCAAUGUACCUAUACGAUGCUUGCCCAUCCGGCUGCGAUUGCCUCGUUAUCGUUGUCCCCUGACGGUCGAGAGCUCGUCUCAGCCGGGCAUGAUGCAAGUCUACGAUUCUGGAACCUCGAGAAGCGCAGUUGCACGCAAGAGCUGACCAGCCAUCGGUUGAUGCGCGGGGAGGGUGUCUGUGCUGUUGUCUGGAGCCGUGACGGACGCUGGGUCGUCAGUGGUGGCGGGGAUGGCGUGGUCAAAGUUUUCUCGCGAUGA